CAUUUCAAUAGGGCUGUAAGAGUAUAUUCUAAGACUGAUUUUGAGUUCCAUAUGAAACAACUUGAUGAAAUCAAUGCAGAAAUUCGAUCACAUUUGAAAGAUAUUGGUUAUGAGAAAUGGUCGAGAGCUUACAUGACAAACAACAGAUUUUCUCCAAUGACUUCAAACAUAGUUGAAUUGGUAAAUUCGAUAACAAAAGCAAUGAAAGGUUGUCCAAUAGAGCCUUUAUUGGAAUCAUUAAGAUAUUUGUUACAAGAAUGGUUUGUGAAGCAUAUAAAUGAUGCACGAGCAACCUUUACAAUACUUGCCACCAAGCAAGAGAAAAAACUGAGAAAAAAUUCUUUGGAGUCAAAGAAAAUGAAGGUAUCAACUUCAAGUUCAAUAUUGUACCAAGUUAAUGAUGGUUGUGCCUCAUAUUUGGUGAACAUGGGAGAAAGAACAUGCACAUACAACCAUUUUCAAGUGGACAAGAUUCCAUGUGCACAUGCACUUGCGGUUAUUGCAAAGAUAAAGGAGGAUUCAUAUUCAUAUUGUUCCGUAUUUUAUACAACAAAUAUGUAUAUUCAAACAUAUAGUGCAUCAAUUUUUUCACUAAGAGAUCAUAAUGAGUGGAAUGUACCAGAUGAGGUAAGAGCAAGAAUAAUCUUGGCUCCUAACCCAAAAAAAAAAUCUAGACAACCUAAAGAAAAAAGAAUACCAUCAAAAGGAGAGAAAACUUAAAGCGCAAAAUGUGGAAGAUGUGGGAAUUAUGGUCACAAUCGUAGAUCAUGUCAAAAUCCGCCAAAGGUGAAAAAGAAACCACAAAAGAAAAUGAAGUUAGAAGAUAUAUGAAACUAGAUUAUUUGAU